GUCGUUUAACUGUCAUCAUGGCCUUUCUCACUUACCUGUGUGGCUUGGGAAAGGAAAAGAACCUCCCUUGGCUCCAGAAUGGCAUCAGGAGACACAAAGACAAGCGUCAAGCAUGCCCACCCCUGUGCCGAGAGGUUGUCCCUGCAGCAGGAGGAGGGAGAGGCUGAGGACUACUGCACCCCUGGAGCCUUCGAGCUGGAGCGCCUCUUCUGGAAGGGCAGCCCCCAGUACACACACGUCAAUGAGGUCUGGCCUCGGCUCCAUGUUGGUGAUGAGGCCACAGCGCUGGACCGCUACGGGCUGCAGAAGGCCGGCUUCACGCACGUGCUGAAUGCCGCUCACGGCCGCUGGAAUGUGGACACCGGGCCGGACUACUACCGAGACAUGGCCAUCGAGUACCACGGCGUCGAGGCCGACGACGUGCCCACCUUCGACCUCAGCAUCUUUUUCUACUCGGCUGCCGCCUUCAUCGACUCGGCGCUCCAAGACGACCACAGGGAAACCUCCAACCUGGAUUGUACUGUCAGACUGCUCACUGCUUGUCGUCUCUGUCCUAAGUGGGCAGGGGAACAAAAGAGAAUUCUAGUUAGCUCAGCGCCAGCACCGGCACAGACUCCAAGAGAAGAGGACGACAGGUGUCGGGCCUGCGGGCCGCACGCAGGGGGUGGCUUGACCUACACUGGGGAACCAAGGGACACUCUGUGGAAUUUCUGAGCCAGACCUGGUCGGUCGCAUGUUUCCUAUUAUACUCCUGACAUAAGAGGUGUUGAUAGACAGUAUGGCCCAAAGGCAGGGCUUUCUCUUUCUCCCUUCUUGACUUUCUUACCCGUCGUUGGCAAAUCCUAUCCUAAAACACACCACCUGCCCACGCCCCUCACUGCCGGCUCUUUUUGAAUUUGACUUUUUUUUUUUUAAAACACUGGGAAUUGAAUUCAAGGCCCUACAUCUCCCGUGUGGUUUUUCCUUUUUAUAGUUUUUAGUUUUUAGUUUUCUUUUUUGUUUGCUAUUUUGUUUGUUUGACACAGGGUCUGGUUAAGUAGCCCCGACUGUCCUAGAAUCAGGAUCCUCCUGCUUCAGCUUGGGUGCUGGGAUUACAGGUUUGUACCACUGCACCCAGUUUCCUGUUGAAAAUCUGCUGUAGUGCUGUGGGGUCAAACUUGCCACAGCCGGUCUGUCAUCAGCCUCUGGGGUCUACUGCGACCCCGACUCUGUGCCUGUUUGACCUUUCUCAAGAACUAGGCAACCUCCAUCACGAUGGAAAUGAUGGAUUCACAACUCGGUCCGUUAUCCUGCCCGGUAGCUGAGAAAACAGGCCCGCAGAGCCAGGCGGUGUGCCCAGGGUCAAAGGACUAUCCGGGGGGCAACACUCACAAGGACAGGGAAGAGCCCCUCCCCCCUGGCCUCACAGGAGAGUCUUUUGUCCUUAAUGUGAGUGUCUCUUUGGUGACUGUGCUAUUUAGAGGUCACUGAAUGUCACAGAAGUGGAGACAAAGCCAGCAGCUGGCUAUAGGAUCUGACACAAGUGAACAUCCUGCCUCACUGGAGAAAGAACUGACAAAAUGCUGCCCCGGAUGCUUGCAGGAGCUCAGGAACAUCGAGUGUAACGAAAUCUCCUAGGAAACGCCAGACAUCACCCGCUCAGAAGAUCAGGUUUCAGCAUCACAGCCUGCCCAGGCAGCUCUGUCCCUCUGUCUGCCUGCGCUUCUCUCCCUCUCCUCCCCCCUCCUCUCUCUCUCUCUCUCUCUCUCUCUCUCUCUCUCUCUCUCUCUCUCUCUCUUCUCUCUCGUUUUUUGGAGACAGGAUUUCUCUGUGCCACAGCCCUGGCUAUCCUGGAAUUGGGUCCAUAGACCAGGCUGUUCCUAACUCAGAGAUCUGCCUGCCUCUGCCUCCCAAGUCCUGGGAUUAAAGGCAUGCGCCACCACCACCCAACUCCGUUUUUUGUCUUAAACGGGACCCAGCCUGCUUUUGAAGCCAUCACAAAAUCUAUUACAGAACCCGCAGAUUUUGCUCAAUGGCAUGGCGUUUUCUUAGCCUUGGUUUGGGUCCCCAGCACAACAACAACAAAGAAGGAAGAAGCAAAGGCAGAUGGAUCUCUGUGAGUUUGAGGCCAGCCUGGUCUACACAGCAAGGCCCAGGUCAGCCACAGCUACACUGUGAGAGCGGAUCUCAGCUAAACAAACAAAUAGAGAGUUUCAGAAAAUAAAAUGUAGGCUGUGAAGAUAGCUCAGUUGGAAUCGUGCCUGAUCGCAGAUCAUGUGAGAACCCACGUGGACAAACAGACAAAAACCAGAGGAAGGGAUGCACUCUGUGAUAGCAGGCAGUGGUUAUGGAGACAGGCUGAUUCCUGGGGUUUAUAGCCAGCCUUGCCUACUAGCUGGGUGAGUGAGUGAGUGAGAGACUUCGUUACAAAAGCAAGGCGAACGGUGCCUAAGGAAUGCCUACACACACACACGCGCGCACACACACAUACUCACACACACUCACACACACAUAUACACAUACAUGCUCACACACAUACACACAUGCUCACACACACAUACACAUACACACAUAUACACACACUUACACAUACACACAUAUACACAUACAUGCUCUCACACAUGCUCACACACACAUAAACAUACAUGCUCACAUACAUACACACACGCUCACACACACAUACACACACACGCUCACACGCUCACACACAUGGUGAACAGUGCCUGAGGAAUGACAUCUGAGGUGAACCUCUGGCGCGCGCGCACACACACACACACACACACACAUGCUCACAUACAUACACAUACAUACACACAUACAUGCUCACACUCAUACACAGGGUGAACAGUGCCUGAGGAACAACAUCUGAGUGAACCUCUGGCCUACACACACACACACACACACACACACAGACGCUCACACACACACUCACACACACACGCUCACACACACAUGCUCACACACACACGCUCACACACACACGCUCACACACAUAAACACACGCUAACACACACACGCUCACACACACAUGCUCACACACACACACGUUCACACACAUGCUCACACACACACACGCUCACACACACAUGCUCGCACACACACGCUCACACACACACACGCGCUCACACACACACAUACACACACACGCACAUGCUCACACACACACACACAAAUGGGUGUGAUUAUAUGGAUGAAAUCAUCUUUUUGGCAGGAAUUUGGUUCUCUGGGGCAUCUAAGCUUCAGCCAGGCCAGAUUGUCCCCCAGUGUUUUAAAGUCCCCUUCCUUCCUGUUGGACUCACACCUUGUCCUCAUUCUCUGAGGACCUCGACAUCCCCACAUCUGUCUAGGAUGGAGCAGGAACUUGCCCUCCCUGUAUGCACUGCUGAGAAAGGCUAUGAGUGGGCAGCAGGCAAGGGCAGUCCCCAAAACCAGGGAAGGAAGGUGGCCCCGAUUAAGGGACACAUUGGGCCUGGGCAGCAGGUAGGUCACAGGCUUGGCUGGUGUGUCUUUCCGAUGAUGGUGGUGGUGGUGGUAAUGAGGAGGUGGAGGAGGAGAAGGUGGAUCUGUGUGAUGUGUGCACAGGGGUGCACAGCUGUAGAGGUCGGAGGACAAUGUGUCUGUGUGAUGUGUGCACAGGGGUGGACAGCUGUAGAGGUCGGAGGACAAUUCGAAGGAGUUGAUCCUCUCCUUCCUCCAAGUGGGUUCUGGGGAAGGGACUCCCCAGCUUGCCCAGUAAGCAGCUUCACCCAGGGAACCAUCCCUCAGCCUCCUGAUUAUAUCUGAUGUGAGUGACAGAAGCUCACCUUUUGGUCACCACUGAGAACAAGUAGUGGAGACAGCAGGGUUUUUGAAUGUUUAUUUUGAGAUAAGGUUUUACUCUGUAAACCAAGCCGGCCUCAAACCUCAGAUUCACGAUAACCCUGAUACCGCAGCCUUAUAGGUACGAGCUACCGUGCCCAGGUAUAUACACAGGAAACCCCGAAUUUAGACGCUCUCCAUACAAUGGCAGCAUGUCUCCUUCUGAUAAAUACUUCACUGAAGCUAGUAUUUUUCAGUCGUAGAGUGCAACCUAUCAGUGGGUCAUAAAACCAAAAUGGUGGGUGUGCCCACUUUCUUUUCUGCUCUUUAAAUUGAUCAGAAGGAAUAGUAGGCAGUGGCACAGGCUGCGUGCAGCAAAGGCACGCACUAACAUAAGGCCUUUAUCUGGCUCACUCACUGGCAGCAGGUACAGAGCCGUCCCGCCCCGGCUUCGGAGUCACAUGGCCUGGAUUUGGACUGUGGUCUGCCAUUCACCGACCGUGUGACUGGGACAGGCCACUUCUCUGCAUAUCCCUCAGCGACCUCAUCUGUAGAAUGGUGAUGAUGGUUUGACUGGAGCCAUUAGGCAGUGGUGAGAAUCCACGACAUUGAAAUAUGUGAGGUGCACAGCAUCCUGGUGCACACCUUGUGACUCUAGCCAUCCAGGAAGGCAGACGCCGGGAGAUUGAGAGUCCGAGGUCAGGCCUCAGUGACUUAGCAGGACCCUGUCUCAGAAGCACAUAAACAAACAACCCAUGAAGUACCCAGAAGGAUGCCCAGGGUAAUGGAGGUUACCCAGGGAUCAGAUGUGAAUUGAACCAGGAAACAGUACUGACAGCUCUCCUUACCUCAGGCCCCUGCAGGGGCUGGUGUCCAGGUCAUAGAGCCUUCACUUUUCUUGAAGUUCAGGCUACACUAGGUAGGCCUCAGUAGUGGAACUUGGCAGAGCCCCAGAACCAAGAGGAAAUAGGACCCUGAGGUUCUGGUGACAGGAAAUUGGUGGGGCCCAGGGGCACCUGAGACCUCCAGAGAACAACCCACUCUUGCCCUGGGGAAGUGGGCCUCCUUCUCCAGGCUGACAGCAUUAAUGAGAACCACAUUUGGCUCUGGCAGAGCCGAGAGCUCCCUUCUCUCCCUCCAGACCCCCUCCCUCAUCUUUCCCUCCCCGAUCUCCGUCUUCCUCCCCCUCUUCUUCCUCUCUACCUUCUCCCCACAGGCUUCAGGCUCCCCAAAAGCUUAAUGGGUUUCAGCUUUCAUCUGUUACUAGUGUUUAGUUAUGACAGGAGAGGACGAAACACAGCAGUUAUCAGCAGAGCUGGCCAGAGGCCAGGCAGUUUCUAUCCGGAACAUUCCACUGGGAUUAGAACACCAGAGGUAGAUGUUCAUCUGCUUGGAUGGUCACGUUGGAUGAAAACGUGGACCAGUGCCCCCUUGGGGGUUGCUUCCUGCCCUCCCUGCUGGCUGAAGGUAGACAGAGAAAGGCACUAAUUGUGAGGAGUUGGGGGGGCAUCUCUGUGCCAGCCCCCCCUAACCUCCUAGUGGUGCUUGUAGCUGGUUGUGGGGUACAGGACUUCCCAUCCCACUUGGAAUGAGAAUAGGAGAAUUAACGUGCCUACUGUGUGGGGAUUCUUCCAUUUCUAUGUUGUCUUGGCUUCUCGCCCUUGCCUGGGCUUGGGGUCCCAUGAAGAAGGGGGAGCUAAAAAGGACAGGGAGCCACACCCACGCAGAAACUGUCCACAAGCACCAUCUGCUGUUUGUCUCUCUGGGCAUCGGCCUGAGAGGCAGAAAGGUGGGCAGCACAUCAGCCACACAGCGACAGACAAGCCAGCCAGCUGAACAUCGGUAAAGAGAGGGUCCCUCAGCCAUGGAAAUGGGCCCCGCAGAGAGAAGGGGUUGGGGGAGAUUGAAGAGAGAAGAGAGCCGAACCUCAGAGCACAGUGCCACACAGUGAAGGCCUUCAACACAGUUUUGCAUGAAGCUGCUGCUUCUGGGGUCAGCAUUGUGGGUGACCUCUGGCAAGGCACUGUACCUCCUGAACCUGUCUCUCCAUCUCCACAGCAGGGACAAUGACAACAAGGUUCAAAUCAAAGCUGAAAUGAGACAGGGCCAGUGGGUGUACUGGGUGGGCUCUAGAGCGCCACCAAGUGGAGACCGGAGGGACCCGGCUGCUUGUACUGUGGUUUUUGCUGUUUCAUUGAGGACGUUCUUAAGGGAACGCCUGCCCCCUCCCCGGUGUGUGGCGACAGACAUAGCAAUGAUCAUUUGUCUGUUUGGGGCCUUUGACAUUGUUCAUGCUAAGAAACCGUUGUCUUUGUGGAUGUGACAAGGACUAAGUCAGCAUGUGUCAAUUGCAGGCUAUGGUGAUGCCUAACUGUAAUCUCAGAACCCUGGAGGAGGAGGCAGAAGGACCAGGGGGGGUUGAAAAUAUGCUGACACAGCAGAUUCAAGGCCAGCCUGGCACACACAGAACCCCAUCUAAAACUAAACCAAACCAAACCACAACACCAAAACCCCUCCAGAACUGGUAUGGAGACCGUUUUAGCCUGUGGGACAUUCGUAUCAUGCCUCUGGCCCAGGUCACAGUAAAAGUACUCUCAGUCUUUGAAAGCCUGACCCACGACCACAUGGCCUCUUCCUAAAUUGGCUUUACUCACUACUGAUCUGAUUCUGCCCCUCCACUUGACAGCUAAGGAAACCGAGGCUUAGAGGGUGGGUAGCUUUGUCAUCUGUCACCCGGGUGGCAGUCAGCAGCAGAAGGGAGGCAGCUGACUCCAGACCAUACGAAGGCCUUUGGGGGCUGUGGGAGCUCUGGCGGAUUCAACGUCAAGGCCAGUUACGUUACAUAGGUAAAAAAGGUAAAAAAGGCACACAGGCUUUUACCCUCACCGUCAGUCCAAAGGUGGAUGCUCAUUCCCAGUCAUCUCUGGGAUUCACCCUGCGUUCUGCUUAAAUUGUUUAAUCCCAGCACUUGAGGAACUGAGGCAGGAGGCUGUUGAUUUUGAAAACAUCCUGGGUUACACAGGGAAACAAACAGUUGAACCAGUGGUUUCAAAAUAUUUACUUGCAAGGGCCAGGCGUGUAGCUCAGUGGGAUAACCCGUACUAACCAGUACUAAGCACACACAAGGCCCUGGAUUUUAUCCCCAGCAUCAAAAUGAAAAGAAAGGAAGGGAGGCAUAUGCUUUGAAAAUAAUUUCUUGCUGGGGAUGGAGCUUGAUGUGUUUGCCUUGCAUGUGUAAGGUCUUGGAUUUUAUUCUCAGCAUGGGGCGGGAGGGCGCCUAAGAAAGAAAGAAAAGAGAACUAUUUAUAUACUGAUGUGUAGAGAUCUCCAAUGUAAACUGUUAAUGAAAUAAAUGAAAUAAGCAAGAUAUAGAAAAGGCUUUUGAAAGGCUUCGAGUGUAGUUUAGUGCCUGUCUGGUAGGGGUACGACCCUGGUUUUCAUCCACAGUAGAAGCAAAAGGGAGGGAAGGAGCAGAGGGGAAGGGAGGGGGGAGGGAGGGAAGGAGCGGAGGGGAGGGGAGGGGCAAGCAGAAGUACAAUAAAGGGGACACUCUUCUAGGCAGAUCCUUCUCUGCAAGAGGAGAUAAAGGAUAGAGUCAAGGAACAGGGUGGUGUGGGGUGGGGUGGGGAUGUCUCGCAGUCAGUCUCCUGGGGUAUGCUUUGACAUUUGAACCCUGCUAAACAUGACGGAAUAAACAUUAAACCCGACCAACGCUUCCAGGAGGCCACUCUCUGAGGCAUGGAGACGGGCCAUCUUGAAGAUGCUUUUGGUGCCUUCCCUUACCGAGCAAGAGUUGUUAACGUCUGCCUUUUACCAAUCCUACCCCAUGCCAAUCAGCAAACACGUGUGGUGUACGGAAACUGCCUUCCCAACACCCCUAUGAAAGGGCCAAGUGACUGUGUCCCCACAGCUUAUGGGGAGCUGUGGCCCAAGCCAAACUGUGGGUGACAGGGUAAAUGUGGGUUGAGGAACCCCAUCCCGUUCAGCGCUGGCUUUCCUGUCCCCUCUGC